AUGAGUAAAGCUUCUCCAUCUGCAGGGCUGAGCAGACGUCGGCGGGAGUCCAAGCACGUUCAAGAAACUCAAGAAAUUGAAAACCCACCUAAUUCCCGUAUUUCAGGCAGCACUUUUAUCUCUCUUUUGGCAAAGAAGUUUAGACUCCGUGCCGAGUACGUUCGCAAGAAUUUUCUGUCUGAUCUCUUUGUUGACCAGACUUAUGUGUAUCCCAUUUUGGGAUUUUUCAAGUUUCUGGUGACACCUUCCUUCUGGCUUUACAGUCUGGUUCUUGCCUUUUGUUUCGCUUGCAUCUUCAUAACCGUUGCAGCAUUGUACUACUUCUUUCUUGUGCCCAUUUUACUGACCUGGGCAGUGACAACUUUGGGUCCUAUUGGGUUUGUGGUGGUGCACGUCCAAUGGCUGUUGCAAUCCAAUGCAGUUGCCGUUGCGUUGACGAACAUUCUCAUUGCACCAGUGUUCGCCAACAGUAUUUUCGAUGCUGCCUUGGCCAAAAUGGGUCACUCGGAGUUUUUGGAAAGUGCCAAGAAACUGCCAAUUGCGUCAUUGAAGCAAGUGUCCUGGACAUCGUUGGAAUUUUGGCUCGUGGUUCUUCCCGGAAAGAUCAUUAGCUUGAAGCUUAAAGUCGCGUCUAGACUAUUCCUCAGUGUUCUCUCUCUGAUUCCGAUUAUUGGACCCACCAUUGCGAAUCAAUUGCUAAGUCCAAAGCGUGGAUUCGCAUACAACCGGAGGCUCUACGAUCUCAAGAAUUUGAAUGGCACGCAGGUGAAAGACAAAUUCUACGAGCACCUUGGGCAGUAUACUGCGUUUGGAAUGAUGGCAGGCUUAUUGGAGUUAAUACCAGUGAUGUCAAUCGUCACUGUACCAAGUAAUAUCAUCGCAGGUGCGCUAUGGGCGUCAAAUGAGCUCAAGAAAAAUCGCAUCUGA